AUGCUUAAUCAUUUGCCAAUUUCUGAUCUGAAGAUUCACAAGUCUGGAACGAGCAUACAAAUUUCUUCGGACAGUGUACAAACGAAACUUUCGAUUGAAGACGUUGUUUGGUGGAAGAAGCACACCGAAGCCUGUGUGGUGUCCGUUGUUGGAAAACCAAUGGCAUCACCUAGACCAACCGCAACAUCAUCACAACGUAAUGUCCCAGUCAUAUUUGCUGUGGAGUUGGCUUCGAUUUCUUGCGAUCUCGUCGAUUUAGAUUCUUUCCAGUCAAUUCUCUCCUUACAGUAUCUUAGCAUUACAAAGACAAGCGAAGUACUUGAAAUCGGUGUUGACUGUCUGUGUAUCACCGCGCCGAGCGUGAAUACUACGAACGCGACAUUUGAACAUCACCAGUGGAAUCAUUCAGUCUAUAUAGGUGCGGCGCUGAUACAGUGUAGUUUCAAGGACAACGUCCAAGGAAUUCUAGUAGGUGUAGAUGACUGUAAAAUCGAGUGGAGCGAUAAACUGGCUGAUCAGAUCAGACAGCUGUUAGAAGUCAUAUCCACAAGUGAAUCGCAUAAUGAAAAGGAUGAUGCAAAGAAAAAGAUCAACUUGCGACUACAAAUGAAAAGAGCUGCGUUGAUUUCUGUAGCCAAAGAAGCUGUCUAUCUAGCCCUCACUUGUGAUGAUGUGGAAGCACAAAUUGCAACUGCGCGAAGUAUCGCAGUAUCAGUAGAACAUACGCGAAUAGUGGUUUGUUGUGCUCCUGUACAACCUAUUGGUGUAGAUCUAACUCUUCUGAGAAGGGUAACUCAAUACAUACCACCUAGGAACUUGAAUUUGGAUCCUCCCUGGCGAUGCUGGAAUCAGACGAAGAAUGAUGCGCGUAAAAAUCAGAGAGCCGCUGCAUGGGAUGAGCACAGGAAAGAUAACCCAUUCUUGUGCUUCGAAACGAAUGUGCUUUGCCUUACCGUCGAGAAUCUGUCUCCUGCCAACACGAGCGUAACCUGCUCAUCAAGCUCUCCUAUUUACAUCGUUUGGUCUCCAUUGUUACAUCGAGUAAUACAUCACAUGAGACAAGUGAUACUAAGAACCUUUCGGCGACCCGAGUCUGGUAACGGUUCCCCGCAGAAGAGUAAGAAACUGACACAGUAUCGUGUUCUGACUACUCACACUGUUGAGCUAGUAUUGGAGCUGCCCCGACAUCACAGGAUGGUUUGGCGCAUACCAUCUCUCACAUUCGAUGCUUCACCAUCUAGUCUAUCUGCAGUUUCACCGAAACUGGUUGUAAAUAUGGAUAGUAUGGACAUUCUCACUGCUAUCGACGUCUGCAUUACUCGGCGACCGUUUGAUGCUCAGAUGGAUAGCUAUCGUAGAGGAUUCAAGGAGUUCGUGGCUCCUUCCAAUAAGGUAAGCUCAUAAUU